AUGGCAGUAGACUCACUCCCAGAGAGGCCACAUCCUCUUGGCUGGGAUGCCAUGAAAGAACAUUGGUGGCAAUUUGUAUUCAUUGGAGUUUUGCUAUUCACAGUCACCACUGGCCUUUUAUCAAUUGUAUAUUCCGGAGUAAAGAGACUUAUCAAAUACUACAAGUCAAGACCGCUACCGGACAAUUUCCCUUUGAGUGUAUCCAAACGGCUCACCAAGCUAUCCAACCGAGAACUCAACUUGAUUGAAAGACGCCCCCCACAAGGGAAAGCCCACGAGCUUUGGAAAAGACUUUUGAAAGAAUGGGAUGUGUUGGUUGUGAAUCCCUUCCAGGCAGGGGUCGCCAAAGCUAUUUCCAGACACGAGCGCAGCCAAGUGCUAGGACGUGUUGAUUUGGGGAAAGUCCUUCCUCCAAAGGCAUCUGCCUUGACCGUCAUCGAAAAGAUCGAAGAAUUACUCGCAAGCGGAUUUCAUGAUACCUCAUUUUCCGGUGUUCUCCUCGCCAAUUGGGAAGAUGUGCUCCGUCCUACUGCUCGAGGAAAGCUUAUCGAGGCGAUCAGCAGCCUCGGCUUGGCAGUCUAUCUCGAGUCGGAGCCACCUCAUUUCUUGAAGGAUCGAAAGGCCGUGCAGAGCGAUGCUGUGGCAGGCUUGGUCAUCCGAAACGCUAGCAUUAUGCCUCAAGGCGAAAAGCGGGAUUAUUUCCAAAUGGCCGAACUACAAUCAACAAUCAAGGCCUUCGUUUCUGAGUCUUGCAUGAGAGACUUUGUAGUAAUGGCCUGGGAAACCGUCGACGACAAUGUCACUGUUCCCAAUGCCAUAAUCCGCAGAUCUAUCCAAUGGUGUGGCUUUUACAGCGCAAUUACCUGGAUCGGCCCCGAAGCUGCUCUUCAUGAUGCAGAUCUUAACGUCACGACUCUCGAGCCUCUUCCCGCGUUUGGUUGGUUGAAGGAAGCAGAAAUGAUGAAGGCCCACGAUAUCUGGCGGGCGAACCUGAACAUAUUGCCUUCCCCGGAUAAGAAGGACGGCUGGGAAGUUCUCAAGCCAAUUUUCCCCGCUAUUGAUGCGCUGCUGGAUUCGUCGGAAUACGACUCGAAGGCCCCCGAUAGCCCGACUGCUCGAAUGCGUGAUCCUCCAGAAUGGGUCGCACAGGUCAAGUCACAGGGCAGUCCUCUCUCCAUCUCCAUGUCAGGAAUGGCCUACAAUUCACUUGGUUGCUUCCCUCUCGGUUCAGACUCGACUCCACUGGCAUUUGCAGAAAUUGUCCAAUCUCAACAACGUCUCAAGUCCCUCAACCUUCUUCAUCCCGUCCCGACAACCAAAAUCCAAAGCAUUGGACUCCUUCUAUGCCAAUUCUAUGACUCUCUAGAUCUCUCCGAAGAUGACGAUCAUUUGGCCAACGCAAUUAAGGAACUUGCAAACUGGGCAUCCAAUGAUCUGUUGCACGUCAAUCUUUGUCUCGACUCUGGUCUGCGCAAGAGCUCUGAUUUACGCUUUUGGGCCGUUUUUGAGAUGGAACAUGAUGGUAUUGAGAUUUAUGUGUCCAAGAAUGCCCAGGGCCUGGCUGGAACUAUUCUUCACACCUUCCUAUCGGCAAAGGGAUUUCCUCGGCAUGUCUGCUUCGAGGCUGAGGCGACCUUCGCGACCUGGUCCCAAGAUGUUUCCCACAAUACUGGCCUCCCCCGUCGACUGAUUCAAGACAUCGAUGUUCUCAGCCCUGAAGAGCGCCUCCUUCUCUUGCAGCACCUCUCUCUCACUGAUUCUCAUAGCGAUCUAUCUGAAGCCAUCUGCACCUACAUUCGCAAGCAACUAGUGGAUGCCCCUUCUUUUUCUCAGUUGAAGGUGCUAAACACAGUUGGGUAUCUCGAGAAAUCAACAUCUGCUGAGGAUUUGAUCAAGUCUCGUAUCAACUGGUACAUGGACCAAGGUUGCAAAUACCCGUCUCUCGAUGCCUGUCUUGAUCUUUUCCAUCAGGCCGACAGUGUGCUCUCCGAUGUUCUGAGGUAUCGCCGUGAGGAUGACCUUGCCGCCAUUACUAGUGGUCUCUGCGCCCUUCUUCAAGGUGGCUCCGUUGAUACAUAUGUGGAUAUGAUGGCUCUUGCGCUUUUCUGUGCCGCAAGACAGGGAGCCUUCGAUGAGAUUUACGCAGAGGUGACCGAUCGGAAUCCUCUAUUCAACAACCAUACCGAUCAGGCUGCCGCCUUCGCAGAGUCAUUUGCCCUUGGAUCUCGUUGUGAAGCUUACUUCGACGUUGCUCCCAGUGUUUUCGGAAAGUUGCUAUCGGACCGGUUCAGAGCUUACUAUGGAGACCAUCAGCCGCCAAACUGGGUGAACGGUGCCCCGGAGCUUGCUACAUCCUACGCCGGAGCUCAGAUUGAUGUCAACCCCGAUGAGCAGCGUAAGACUAUGCCUGGAUACCAGCGAUUCACAUUCUUGAGUGUCUUCGCUAUUCCUGCUUUGAUUGAUAUCAUUUUGCUUACCAUGGUUGGCCGUGGACUCUAUCUCUCUGCCGCCAUGUCUCACGAUGAACAGGACAGUGCAACUAUGGCGCUAAUGAUAUCUCUGCUGCUUUCCGGUGCAAUUGGUACGUGGAUUGCGUGUGGUGGUCCUUAUUACCUCAUUUCGAUGGCAUUCGCAGCAGCGAACAUGUUCGUUCUCAUUCGCCUGAUCGCUGGUAUUGCCUUCACUGUGGCCGGUGGCUUGAUCGGUUUUGUUGCCAUUUCAAGUGUUCGAGGCCCUCGGGCUGGUAUCAUCUUCUACCUCUACCUGAUCGCUUUGACAAUCUACUUCUCAACCUUCGCCUCGCUUGCAAGCUUCAGUUACCCCGGUUCGAGCUUUUUGUCUGGCCGCAAGCCAAUUAUUAUGUGCAUUCCGAUCCUCUUCUUGGCACCGAUCAUCACAGCCUGGAGUGGCCACGACUCGGCUGUCUACCUCGCCAUUAUCUAUGUCUUUAUUGGUGUGCUUUUGCUGUGCCUUCGUUCGGUCACCUCCAAAUGGGUCACUUGGUACCAAUCUGUGCGACGCACCGAUGAUACUGAGAUUCGUAAGUGGUAUAUCACUGCCUAUGGAAAUGAUGACGAGAAGGUGUUCGCGAAUAUGAGUGACCCGGCCGCCCUCAAGCUGGCGAGAGAAGCACUCUCGAAGGACGUCUUGGCUGAGACGAAGCGUGGGAUGUUCUCAAAAGCAUCCAAGGAUAAAAUGGUCGUUGAGCUUGCCCAGGACUGGGAGUCUACCAAUUUCCUUCUAGAUUGGUACUGCCGCUAUGCAGAUGUGCCGAGGCCGAUUCCGUUUAGUUCUGGUUGGAACAUCCAAACCAAGGUGGCACUUGACACCCUGCGUAACUCCCAGAAAGGUCUUCGUCUACACAAUGCAUUCGUUCACUGGCGUCAAUCGAGCAAAGAGAUGGGAUGUGGUGUUCUCUACUUUGUGAUUGCGCUUCUCGACAAAUGGGCACAAUUGCUGAGUGGCGACCGUAUUCUUGGCCUCACGAGCACGGAGCUCCAUGAUGCUCUUGGUACCAAUGCGCCUUUUUCCGUCAGAUCUGCAAAGGAUAUUCGGAUCGCACAGAAACAAGAGGUACAACUCCGGCGAAAGGUAUACUGGCGAGUCCUUUUUAGAUUCCUCUUGUGGCAUGUCUGGAGUCUUGCCCUUGCCACUGCUCUCAUUUGGACCUUCCAAUCAUCGAUUGAAGCCAUGAUUGUUUUCUUCUCAUACGUUCUCGCCUACACCGGUUUAAUCUGGUACCAAUAUACGAAGAUCUUCACGGGCCCUCAUGCGCUGAAGCCUCUCAUCAUUGGUAUCUGUAUCGGAUUACCAGUCGGUAUCGCGCUCAAAGUGUCUAUGCCGCGUUUUCUGUACUCGCAGAUCAUUGGACUCGGAUCUGCCACCUGGACCGUUGCCAUCCUCUCGAUCUGGAAUGCCAAAAUGGGUAUGCCAAACAAAGUGGACUCUCCAGUGGAGCUUGGCCGCACCUUCCAUGCGUUUACAACGCCCUGGUCGGACCCCGAAUGGUCUCAGCAAGAGCUUCAGACUUUCUUCGAAAGCUAUUCGCUACUUCCAUCUGAUUCCCGAUACAAGCUCAAUCCUGGUGUCCAUCCUGGCGUCGAAAUCAAGAGUGCUAUAAUGUCUUGCAAAGAAGAAGUCAUGAUUGAAGAAGCGUUUCCCGGCUCCAAAAAUGUUGCUAACAGUGCGAUCGCAUCGUGGGAGAAGGGCGAUAUUGUCAUUGAGCUUGUCUCCUUUGGCUCUCUCGGUCCCGGCAUUCGAGCUCUCAGCUGCAGCACCGGGAACCAGUUAAAGCUAGCCAUCGCCGUGGGAGGACUCCUAGACGAGCGUCUCGAUAUCAGCGCAAAUUGUCAGAUCAUUGCUGAAACCUUGCUUCAUGCUGUCACAGAGCUUAUGGUGGGUGUGCCUCAUGAGUACGCAUCAUUGGCAGGAUCCAUUGUCUCCGGUGGGGUAACUUACACAAUGGCUCAACAGCUUCGUGAGGAGGCCAACACAACUACGGUCGUACGCUGGGCUAAGAAAGAACUGCUUCGGCAGCUUUGCCUUGGUUUUGAGCCCGAUCUCCAUUGGGACAAGCUCCCAACCGAAGUUCGGGAUUUGCUGCUGAAACGUUGCUUGGGUCAACAAUGUAGUCUCUCCAAUAGCCAACGCCAAUGGCUCCAGAAAAGUCUUUGCACAUUCGAUACCGAUGAUCUCGAUGUUCACGUUGCCCGUUGCAACCUUGGAGCUGCCACUGCAAUUAGCGUUCUCGACUAUGCUCACUGGGGAACUGGAGAAGCCGCCUUUCCCAAAGAGCCCGAGACUUCGAAGUACAUCUCCUACAUACCUCGGAAGCUCCCAAUUGCAUUGUCGCUGGUCCGGUCACCAGCUAGCUACAUUUACCACAAGCUGGGAACAAUAGUAAAAUUCUUUGUGGUAGCUUUGGUUGCAGAUCCGGAAUUCCAGAGAGAGUUCAAUCAUGUCACUCAGACCCUUCCGACUGUUGUCCGUGUGCCAAUCAGAUUCUUAUUCAAUAUGGUCUGGGUUUAUUCUAAGAUCGUUCAAGACUUGGGCUUGUCACUCUUUCUCUUCCAUGGCCGCAAGAAUGUCAAGCGGCUGUGGGACGAGACCAAGGGCAUGACGAUCCAUAUCAAAAAGAGUCGGGUCAUUAUCCAAAGUCUGGAUGGCACCUUUACAGCCUUCAGGCACCACGAGAUUGAUGGUGGUUUCAAGAUUUACCACUAUGCUGGUGAGCAUAAGACCGAGCCCAAAGAGGUCAAAUCCCUGAAGUACGUCAGCACCUAUUCGGGUGAGAUGUUACUUCUGGUCAAGCAGGAGUUCAAGGACGGCAAAGUGAUCAACGAAUACCACUACGACUAUCGAGUUCCGACUAAGAAGGUGUUCAAGCUCAACAAAUCAUCAAACCGCAUUCCACUAGGACGACGCUGCGUGUCAGGAGCAAACUAUCUGCAAAGCGUCCAGUACAACCGCAAGGGUCUUAUCGAAUCGGGUUCCUACAUGAAGGAUGCCAAUCUUAUCCGCUUCAAGUACCAUUAUCGCAAGAACCCCCGUUUUGGUGAUGAGUUGCUGCGAGCCGAGUUCGUCUUAUCCCACAUUAGCUGUACAGUGUCUUGGUGUGCGCCUCCGCGCCGCCAUCCCGAGAAGAUUGAGCGCUGGAUUCCUCACUCCAAGGUCACCGAGGCCAGCUUUGUUCAGGGUGCCGAUGUCUAUGAAAGUCGUUGGCUGUAUGAUCACAAGUUCCAUCCCACCAUCUUCACUACUAUCAACGGACAGAAGAUGCAGACUCCGCCAAUGAUUGAGCACGACUAUCUGGGUGUACUUUCCAAGCCGAAGUAUACCAGCUUUGCGCAUGAUAACCCAUUUGUCUACUGCGACAGUCUCCGAUCAAAUAUUCUUUCCCGAACACUGGGCCUCACGAAGAAGCGCUUUGUGGUGUCAACUUCUCAGGCUCGCUCCUUGAUGUGGAAGGCAUGGAAGGAUCGUGUUGACUUCGAUGCAAUUAUUGUGCGCUGGAUGGACGAUCGCAUUCUUCGCAGAGAUAAGGUUCUUACCCCUUACUGGCGUAGCCGUGACUGGGGCAAUCUUGGAUCUGCGAAGAAGUACGUGGAUCUCCGCGCUGAUGCGAUCAUGGCAAGUGCAGAUCUGGACGAGAACAUUUCCAGUUGGACCCCUCUCGCUGUUAAGCUCACCGAUCUGCUCAAUUUUGGCCCUGGAGGUGACGCUGUUGUUAACACCCGCUCCAAGAACUUUGGCACCGAUACCGACAAGACGCUCCAUGUCAUGGCGGCAGACAACGGUACCUGGCCCAAUGAAGGUGGCGGUGUCUCUGCCUGUCGACGAGAUAUGAUCAACUCCCUUCGAACCAUCAAAUGGCACAUGAUUUGCGAGUCUGCGAACGACUUUGGUGUCCCCAAGCAUCAAACCGAACAGAACAUCCAGUCCCUCAAGCUCAUCCCGCUUUGGGGUAUGGACUUCCUCACGCCAACUCACGGUUUGUUCCAUAACAAGCUGGAUGCUGAGGUUGAUGAUGUUACGUCGGCGAGCGAGUUCGACAUCAAGAUGAACUUCAUUCCGAUUCUGACUGCUUUGGUUAAGGGUGCUCGUGCAGUUCAUCUCUCAAAGUCUGAUAUCCACCAGGCGACUCGUGCACUUGUGAACUUGAACACAUACUUCCAAGAGACCCGUCAUUGGACUCAAGUGUGGAACAGUGAGAUAGUGAAGCAGAGUUGGCGCGAUUUGUGGCUGACCCAGGAAAUGUCGAACACCAUCCCGUCAUCCCAGUGGUUCGACACUGAGCUUCCUACUCUGGCAUCUCUCGAUGUCGCCCUGGAGCUCUGGUACCGCUAUCUCUUCAUCUUCUCAAUCCCGGUUCCUGAAAAGAUCCCUUCAACCUUCCAAGCCUCACAUCACAGCGUCAGUGCCUCUUACGGCGUUGUAUGCAAGAUCAAGCGCAACUGUACCUUGCAGAUUUGGGACCACGCCAUCAGUUGGCGUGAAACCAACCUCUGUCUGUCGUCUGCUCUGUGCAAGCUCUCGCCAUUUGUUCGAAACGCACUGCUUGGAUUGAUGCGAAUUACCUCUGUCUUGACCCUUCAUCACGCAGACAUCAUCCUUCCCUGUGCAGACUUCUUCAACCCCGGUUGGGAGGUCGAGAUUGGUACCUGCCAGGGCACAAUUGAGCAUCGAAACACUUUCCGCCGAAAGAUCGAUCCUGUCGUCAACGGUAUCACUGAUAUGCAAAAGUUCUCUCCAGUCAAGGAAAUCAAAUCCGAGCGUCCGACUGUGACCAUGUUGUCCCACGUUUGGUAUGCCAAGGAUAUCAAGACUGCCCUUCUUGCUGCAGAUAUCAUCAUCAACCAGUGGAAGUUCGAUGAGUACCAUCUGGACAUCUACGGUGCCAUUGACAAGGCCCCAACUUACUCUACCGAGUGUCAAGAGAUUAUCGCAUCAAAGGGUCUUCGUGGCAGAGUCACACUCCGUGGAACUGCCGACCCCAUGAAGGUCCUAGAGAACACAUGGCUUUUCUUGAACUCAUCUCUGUCUGAAGGUCUCCCUCUCGCCCUAGGAGAGGCUGCUCUGACUGGAGCUCCCGUCGUCUGCACAGAUGUCGGUGCUUCCCUCCGAGUACUCAGUGACCCAGAUGACUUCUCCCGCUUCAGUGCCGUUGUCGCACCAAACGAUGCCCUCGCCCUAGCAAAGGCCCAAAUCGGCAUGCUUGCCAUGCUCGGCGAAUGGAGCAAACACAGCGAAGACACAUCGCCCGCACCAGUCCUGACCUCCUCUCCCACACCGGAGGAAGUAGCAGCCAUCACCCGCCGUAUGUACGAGAAGAGCGAGCACCGUCGCAAACUCGGCAUGAUGACCCGCAAGAUUGUUCAGAAGUCCUUCAGUGGCGACCGGUACCUCCGCGAACACGAGCAGAUGUUGUGGAUUGGUAAGUCCGCCAAGAUGAUGGCCAGCCGCGCAGCUGGCGACCCGAUCGACCCAGCCGACGUGGCAGCCGCCAUUGAGACUGGCAUCGAUGAAGAGAUCAUCACCAUCCCGCGCGGCGCGGUGCACUCCUGGCGCUCUUCUGCCCAGUCUGGUAUUUCCACGGUAUACAGUUCUACGUCCCAGUUACCCGGUCGCGGCGGCAACCACCGUCCCAUCUCUAAUAUCUCGGCUAUGAGCCUGAGCAUGAGCAUGAGUAUGAGCAAUGUCUCUACCGAGUCCUUCGCUCGUCUGCCUGUCUUUGCGCCAAGGCCUACCGCGAUGUCCAACGGCAGCUCCCCGCGUAAUAGGUCACCCGCAAGGACCUCCACCCAUCGGUUGUCUCUGCUGGGUUCCCGUCCUCACGCCCACUCUCCUUCUGGAUCCUACUCGCGCUCCGUCUCAACUGUCGGUCGGGAACAGCUACGUGGCUUGCAACGUGAAGACUUCCUUCCGUACCGAAAUUCUGAUAUCAGUGUCGCGAACAGAGAUGACUUCAUUCGGGCCGGCGGACUUUCUCCUAGCCACGCGUCUUGA